AUGGAGCGUCAAUCCAUCCGAAUUCCUGAUGUCAUCCAGAAGAAGAGGGACAAAUACGAAUUGGAGCCAGAAGAGAUAAAAUUCUUUAUCGACGAAAUGGUCAAGGGUUGCAUCGAACCAGUUCAAUUAGGAGCGAUGUUAAUGGCCUGGUACUUCAAUGGAAUGUCACCGAAGGAACUGACCAUCCUCAUCGAUUGCAUGACCCAUUCAGGAGAAACUCUUUCAUGGCCAGAGGAAUGGAAGACGCUGUUGGUAGAUAAGCACAGCACGGGUGGUGUUGGUGAUAAAGUUUCGUUGGUGCUAGCUCCAGCCUUGGCCGCUUGCGGAUUGAAAGUGCCUAUGGUGUCUGGACGAGGGUUGAGUUUCACCGGUGGAACGCUGGAUAAACUCGAAGCCAUUCCAGGAUUCAAUGUCAGUUUAACCAACGAGCAGAUGCGUGAAUGUCUUAAACACGCCGGAUGUUUUAUCGCAGGUCAGACUGAGAGUCUUGUCCCGGCCGACCGAAUAAUGUAUGCUGCUCGUGAUGUCACAGCGACCGUAGAUAAUAUCAAUCUUGCCACAGCAUCCAUCAUUUCAAAAAAAGCUGCGGAAAAUAUCAGCGCUCUCGUUUUGGACGUUAAAGUUGGGAGGGCGGCCUUCUUCAAAAACCUGAACGACGCCCGCCUAGUAGCCAAGAGUUUGGUGGAAGCAGCCCGGGAUCAAGGGAUCAAUACCACGGCCGUCCUCACGACAAUGGAUGUACCCAUUGGAAUGGCCAUAGGCAAUUCGUUAGAAGUGAUGGAAGUGAUUGAAACUUUGCGGGGGAAAGGACCAGCGGAUCUGGUUGAACUCGUUAAAAUUCAAGGCGGACUGUUAUUGAAUUCGGUUGGUCGAACGGACGUUUCAAAAGGGCAGCAACUUAUCGAAGAGACUCUUCAUAAUGGGGCGGCUCUAGCUUGUUUUGAGAAGAUGCUCGUGCAUCAAAAUGUCGACGUGCGGUUGGCUGCAGACUUGUGCUCGGGAGGAUAUCAACUAACACGAGCCAAAUACGUUACAGCUAUUCAUUCUCCAUUAUCGGGUCGGGUCUUAGACAUAGAUGCCUUAGCCUGUGGUUCCGUUUGCGGUGCACUCGGAGCCGCACGUGCCAGAGCAUCUGACGAAAUCCUUUCGGCCGUCGGUAUCGAGUUACUUGUCACUGUUGGACAAUCCAUUACUCAAGGACAACCUUGGGCAAAUCUCCAUCAUGAAGAGCAGUCGGUAGCAUCCGACCUUCUCGUCAAAUUGCAAAAUGCUGUCGUCGUCGGAAACGCGCCCCAUGCAACCCUUGCCCCAACCACUAGGAUUUUAGAGAUAGUACAAUAGCAGAAAAAGCAACAAUAGAUAGAAACGCAAUGACCGCGCAGAGACAUGCUCAAAUCGUGAAAGCUGUGCUGACGUCAAUCGUGGUCUUACCAAUGUUCAACCACAACCUGAGCCAUAUAUACCUCGCUCGAGUAACCAACUAGUUAUUUUUUUAAUACAAAAGAAUAACCAGAACUAAAAUUUUGAUUUCU